ACAUGACUGUAAUGACCUUUGAUUUAAUUUGUAGUCAACAGCAUUGGUCGGUUUGGCAGUUUCCAAAGCGCCAAGAGAGACCCUUACAAAACUAUAUAAAGAGACACUACAGGUGUUGGGAAGCAUGCCAAAAAGUGCUCAGUACAGAGUACAUACAGAACAGAUCACCAAACAAAGACUAAGUCUUGUAGCGCAGGAGAAUGACAUACCAACACUGGAGAAGAAACUUGGAGCUGGACAAAUUGAAGAAGUUAUUAAACAGGCUGAAGAUGAGUUCUCUUUAGCCAAGAAAAUGCAAGAGUGGCAACCAUGGGAACCCCUGCAAAAUCCUCCACCAGCAGAUCAGUGGAAUUGGCCAUAACAAUUUGGAUGGUACUAAAGUUAGCCUACCUUUAGUGGCAUUUAACUAAAAGAAAUAUGUUUCUCGAGACUGCAGUAUGAACAAUCUAAGCAGUCAUUACUGAAAGACAGUCAGUGAAUACUUAAUUUUGCUGGUACAAUAUUCAACAUUUUGUAUAUCUGUAACUCACCUUAAUAGUGUUGUACUUUACUUUUUAAUAGUUUAAAUGUAUGUGAGCUGAAUAAACAUUGAUUGUACAAGC